UACGGGUCUUUUAGGGUUUAUACAGUUAUGUUACCAAAACUAUGACGUUAGUUAGCUUUGUCUUAGGAUGCACAAUUUAACUGUUUAAGUAUAAUAAAUAACUUUAUUUAAUUAGGCUUUCUAAGAUAUCUAACAAGUAACAAACAUGGACAUUUCGUUGAACUGUUUAAGAGUACAAAGACACGAGAAAAGUGUGUGACUGGUAAUCACCUUAAUUUUUCUAGUCAACGGUCAACGGAGGAGAAGCUUUCAAAUGGUCUCUUGAACCUUAGUGAAGAGUUCACACUUGAUUGGGACCUUUAACUUGGGCCCUUGUAUACAGUACAUUUAACCCACCCAACCCCGGCCCAACUUGUCGUUCUGUGUUCUUGAACAUUUACGAUAACAAUUCUAGCACAAGCAUUCGAUUUUGUGCCUCAAUCAUCCAUUCUUGGAUUACCAAUUUUCCUCAGGGUAUUCCCUUACUCCCUUUUCUACACUUUCGGUUUAACCAACCACAACUCACAACGCCAAGUCGUCCACCCAAUACACAUCUCACCGUCACUCGAUUGUAUACCUCAAAAUAAGAUGAACUGAUUGCCAUACUUUGGUCCUCUUUUGGCCUGGUUCCUUCUAAUCAUUAUCGGCCUCGUUGCUCAUCCUUUGUCAUACCAAACGUCACUUAAAUCUUUGCUGUUGCUUAAUCCUUUGUUCUUCGUUUUCAAACUCUAAAUAGACAAAAGCUAGAUAUAUCAUACCUACUACCAAGAAAAUUUUGCCACUAUAUGCUAACUUGCUCACCUUCCCUUCCACAAAUUCACUACGUGCUUUCUUUCCUCUUUGUUUUCUCUGUUUCUGGAUCAUGCACCCCAAAAUGAAUCACUUCCAGUUAUGUGUUUUUUGUAUCAUCUUCACAACCUUGGUCAGUCGAGCCUUUUCUGUAGACUCGAGCUACUAUGAAGCUUGCAAGCCUCAGACAUGUGGGAAUGGUCCGAAUAUAAGCUACCCUUUUUGGCUUUCGGAUCAACAAGAAUCCUACUGUGGCUAUCCUAGUUUCAAGCUAGUCUGCAAGGACAAAAAUCCAGUACUUACUAUUUCCGACUUUGAUUAUAUCAUCAAAGAAAUCUUUUACUCAAACCAUUCGUUUCUCGUAGCUAACUCUGUUGUCUAUGAAGAUGAAUGUCCUCUCCCUCUACAUAACAUCAGCCUUGAUAGAACACCUUUCAAUUAUAGUUCCAAUAGUCUUGAUUUUUCCUUGUUCUACAACUGCUCACAAGAACCAGCUGCAGACUAUUACAUGCUUAUAUACCCUAUUAGCUGUGCUAGCAGUUCCACCUCUCAUUAUUUUGCUACUAUUCACAAAGAGGUGCUGAAGAACAUGAACCGUACAUUAUUAGACUCCUGUGAGUCAUCUGUUGAUGCACCGGUGGAUUAUAUUGAGGCUGCUGGUGUGCAUACCAUGUUGAAGAUGAGCUAUAUUGAUAUCUUGAAGAUGGGGUUCCUUUUGAAUUGGACUGCAAAAAAUUGCAGCAAUUGUGAGAGGAGUGGUGGGCGCUGUGGAUUCGAUCACAAUGAGUUUAUCUGUUUUUGCAGCGAUAGGUCUCAUGACAAAACCUGUGAUGAUGACUCUAAAUUCAACUUGAAACGGAAGAUUGUCAUAGGUGUUUGCUCGGUUAUUGGAACUAUUGCUAUAAUGUCCUCCAUUUUCUUUAUAUGGCAACGCCGCAACAAAAAUCUAAUUGGUCCAUCCUCCUAUGCAUCUCGAAGCAUAUUUUCUAAAAGCUAUUCCAGAAGUGAUGCUGAGAAGGGAAGUGCGUACCUUGGCGUUCAUGUCUUCACCUACAAGGAACUUGCACAAGCAACAAACAAUUUCGAUUCAUCAAAAGAACUUGGUGAUGGAGGGUUUUGCACAGUGUACUAUGGAAAAGUCCGUGAUGGGCGAUCAGUUGCUGUCAAGCGUCUAUAUGAAACCAAUGACAAAAGAGUUGAGCAGUUCAUGAAUGAAAUUGAAAUUUUAGCUCGCCUUCGCCACCAAAACCUUGUCUUACUAUAUGGAUGCACAUCUCAUCACAGCCGUGAACUCCUCCUUGUAUAUGAAUAUGUUCCUAAUGGAACUCUUGCUGACCAUCUUCAUGGUGGAAAAGCAAAACCUGGUGCACUGCCAUGGCGUACUCGAAUCAACAUUGCUGUAGAAACUGCAACUGCAUUGUCCUAUCUUCAUGCGUCUGAGAUUAUCCACCGAGAUGUGAAAACCACUAACAUUCUCCUUGACAACAAUUUUUGUGUCAAAGUAGCAGAUUUUGGACUAUCUCGUCUCUUCCCAACAGAUGUCACUCAUAUCUCUACUGCUCCCCAAGGAACUCCAGGUUAUGUCGAUCCGGAUUAUAACCAAUGCUACCAGCUUACUACCAAGAGUGAUGUCUAUAGCUUCGGAGUAGUCUUGGUUGAACUCAUAUCAUCCUUGCCUGCUGUUGAUAUCACAAGGUGUCGGCAUGAGAUCAAUUUGUCGAAUAUGGCCAUUAACAAGAUUCAGAAACAUGCAUUGCAUGAGCUUGUGGAUCCAUCCCUGGGGUAUGAAUCAGACUUUAGAGUACGAAAAAUGAUCAAUGCAGUGGCAGAAUUAGCAUUUCAGUGCCUGCAAAUUGAGACCGAGAUGCGACCUUCUAUGGUUGAUGUGGAAAACGAACUGAAGAGGAUACAGAGUGAUGAUUUUAGCAAAGAAAAGGCAGAGGAAAUUGAUAUUUCAGCUGACGAAGUUCUGCUGCUAAAAAGUGGUCAUCUGCUACCUUCACCAGAUUCUGUAACAUUAAAAUUGGGUUAGCACGUUUCAACACCAAAUGAUACCACUGGUUAAAUGUUUCCUUCUAGUUCUCUAUGAAAUCAUUAUCAUUCUCCUUUCAUCUAUUAAACAUGUGAUUUGAUGAAUGAGAUGUAAAUAUUUGUUUGAAUUUUCGACUGGCUAAUGUGUGCAAGAUCUGAAGAGGUGUGCUAAGGUCAAUGUAUAGCGGAGUUAGGCUACAUGACUAAUCUGUAUUGUUUGAACUUUCGACCGGCUAAUAUUUGUAAAAUAUUCGUUGCUUUAUUUGUUAUACAAGU